AUGAAGCAAGUUGAGAUUAUCCAAAGAAGAUUGAGGGCGACUCAAAGUCGUCAAAAAUCAUACGUCAAUCGAUGCCGGGGGCCUUUAGAGUUUGAGACGGGUGACCACGUAUUUUUGAGAGUAUCACAAACCACGGUAGUUGGACGAGCUUUGAGAGCAAAGAAGUUAAUACCUAAGUUCAUUGGGUUGUAUCAAAUACUGCAUCGUAAGAUACCAAUAGCCUAUGAGUUAGCUUUACCACCUCAAUUGGAAAGGCUACACAAUAUACGAGAUGAGUUGUCAGUUGAGCUUCCAGCUGCCCUCAUUGAAAACACUAGGGUUAAGGAACUUAGAGGCAAAUCUAUCCGACUAGUAAAAGUCAUUUGGGAUUCAAUUACUGGUGAUACGACGUGGGAGUUGGAGGAUCGGAUGAGAGAGCAAUUCCCUCAUCUUUUCUCUAAUGAAUGA